AUGGAAAAUAAUUGCGAUAUUGAUGGCACAGAAUUAUUUGACGAGUUGAAAUUUGUAUCUACCCUUUUGCCUAAAGAUACUCUUGGACGUCCGCUAAAUGUCUUGAACUAUAUAAAAUCAAGUGAAUCGCAAAUUGUGGUUCUUAAUAUUUGGAUUUUAUUACGAAUGUCUGUCAAACUAAUUACUAUUGCAAUUAAAAAACUUCCCCAAGAAGUGUUGAACACGCUUGCACAUGAAUUACCCAAUGACUGGAAAAAGCUUGCUCGUAGAUUGGAUAUUGGCGAUAAAAAAAUUGAUUGUGUGUUGAGUGAGUUUAAUACUGCCUUUGAACAAACCUAUCAAAUUCUAAACAGUUGGAUUAGAAAGUAUCCUAACAAAGUAUGGAAAGAUAUUAAAAAUGGAUUGGUUUAUUGCGAAAGAAACGAUGUAAUUGAUAAGUGUGAACGAAAACUAUCUUUAAAUUCAAUGUUUCGUGUCCAACCCUCUAUGGAAAAUUUCCAUCCACGUAAAAAAGAACUUGAUGAAAUACAUCGUUGUUUAGUCGAGAAACAAGAUAAAAAAAAGCCUUUAGUAUUAUGUGGAAUGUCUGGCGUUGGAAAGACACAAAUAGCCAGAAAAUAUUGUGAAGAAUAUAGAAAGUUUUAUGAAAACAUUAUAUGGAUAGAUGCGGCAUUUGGAAAAUUAAGUACUUCAGUGGAAGCCCUUUAUCAAAAACUAGAUUUUGUUGUUGAAGAUUCAAAAAAAUUUACAAAAAACAAUUCUUUUGAUAUUAUUGCAGCUAUUGAAAAAAUACAUAACUAUUUUAAAAACGAAAACACUUUGUAUAUUUUUGACAACAUUGACAAUGAAAGUGUUAGAAACUUUAAAAUUUACAUUUCAACAAAACCGAAGUCUUUUACUUUGAUCACCACUCUAUGGAGAACAUGGUCAAAUAACGUAAAUCUUAUGUCAUUAGAUGUUUUUUCCCCUGAAGAUGCUUUAGUUUAUAUGAAGAACAACAUUAAAACAAAUUCAGACGAAAAGUUAAGAGAAUUAAUAAAAGAGCUUGGUUUUCAUCCUUUUGCCAUCACUCAGGCAAUAAAAUAUAUAAACGCACACUCAAUUGCAAUUGAAAAAUAUUUAUAUCGAUAUAGAUUGCAUCCCGUACAAAUACUAGAUGAUGAUAAAUUUCCAAACGAAGAAGAAUCAAUGUCUGCUGUGCGAACUAUAAAUUUAGUUUUAAUGAAAUUAGAAAAUGAUGAAAGCAUUUCUUUAAAAUUACUGAACUGUUUAUCACAUUGCGAUGGUCAAAAUAUCAGCAAACAUUUUAUAGUUCAGAUUUCGAAAUAUAUUGGAAUAAAAGAUGAAUACUUGGUUGAUGACGCCAUAAGAUUACUGGUCAGUUAUUCCUUACUAGAUUAUUUAGACGAUGAAAAAUAUUCAAUGCACGAUCUAACACAGUUGUCAUGUAAAUAUUUUCAAAGUAAGAAUUCCAGUACAAAAACAUUCCACAGUCUUAUGGAAAAUUAUUUUAGAUUCGAGUUAAAAGAUAUAGACAAUCAUGUUGAUUACGGAAAAGACUUUGUUUUUCAUUUUUUGAAAAUGUUUCGAAAAAAUAAAAAAAGUAUGACGGAAUCUUUUCACCGUUUAUCAAGAAUUAUAAAUAAAUUCUUAACAUGUAAAGGUUUAUUUCAAGAAGUAAUUGAAAUACUAAAAGCUGUUCAAAGUUUUAAUGCAGAAACUUAUGGAGAAAAUAAUGAACUAACUCUUGAAACAAAUCAUAAUAUUGCAAUCUGUUUGAGCAAAAUGGGAAAAUGUAACGAAGCUUUAGAAAUUUAUUAUUCUGUUGAUAAAAUACAAACUGAAACUUUAGGUAACAACCAUCCGUCAACAAUUGGUACAAAAAAUAAUAUCGCAACCUGCUUGAGCAAAAUGGGAAAAUAUAACGAAGCUUUAGAAAUUUAUUAUUCUGUUGAUAAAAUACAAACUGAAACUUUAGGUAUCAACCAUCCGUCAACAAUGUCAACAAAAAAUAAUAUCGCAACCUGCUUGAGCGAUAUGGGAAAAUAUAACGAAGCUUUAGAAAUUUAUUAUUCUGUUGAUAAAAUACAAACUGAAACUUUAGGUAACAACCAUCCGUCAACAAUUGGUACAAAAAAUAAUAUCGCAACCUGCUUGAGCAAAAUGGGAAAAUAUAACGAAGCUUUAGAAAUUUAUUAUUCUGUUGAUAAAAUACAAACUGAAACUUUAGGUAACAACCAUCCGUCAACAAUUGGUACAAAAAAUAAUAUCGCAACCUGCUUGAGCGAUAUGGGAAAAUAUAACGAAGCUUUAGAAAUUUAUUAUUCUGUUGAUAAAAUACAAACUGAAACUUUAGGUAACAACCAUCCGUCAACAAUUGGUACAAAAAAUAAUAUCGCAACCUGUUUGAGCAAAAUGGGAAAAUAUAACGAAGCUUUAGAAAUUUUAUAUUCUGUUGAUAAAAUAACAACUGAAACUUUAGGUAUCAACCAUCCGUUAACUAUGUUAACAAAAAAUAAUAUCGCAAACUGUUUGAGAGAUAUGGGAAAAUAUAUCGAAGCUUUAGAAAUUUAUUAUUCUGUUGAUAAAAUACAAACUGAAACUUUAGAUAUCAACCAUCCGUCAAUAUUUAUGACAAAACUCAAUAUUGCACUCUGUUUGAUUAGUAGAAAGGAAGAUGGAAGUUGUUUUUGACGUUGAUUAUUUUUUUUUUUAGUUUUGAUUAUAUUUGAAUAUAUUAUUGACAGUUUAUUUUUUACUAACAAUUUAAAUGAAAUACUUCUUAGUUUAUUAAGUAUUAUAUAAUGUUUUACACUAAAUCUAUUAAUCUUAAUUAGAAAUAAAUAAUUAAAGGUAAUAAUCUUAAUAGUCUUGCGUCACAUCAUGAAAAUGAGAUUUGAUUUAUUUUGAACUGGAUUUUGUUAUUUCUUGAU